ACCACCCCUGCGCGGGCCGCCGGCCUCCGCCCCGGCCUGCCCGGCGCCUGCGAGCUGCGAGUCGUCCCGAUUUCCAUGGCUUUCCUGAAUGGCUGACUGUGGGCUGCCCUGGACUUGGCCCCCGGACAGUCGCCUCUCCUCCUCCUCUUCCUCCUCCUCCUUCUCCUUCUCCUCCUCCUCCUCUUCCUCCUCCUUCCCCCCCUCCUUCUCCUUCUCCUCCUCCUCCUCUUCCUCCUCCUCCUUCAACUCCUCGGCUGCACACCAGCUCAGAGCGAGCGAGUGAACCAGAGAGAGGGAGAGGAAGAGAGUGAAAUCUUUGGAGAGAUUUUUUUUUUUUUGCCUCCUACUUCUAUCUUGAAGCCAGACAAUCGACUUGCAGCUCUCUUCUUUCUCUCUCUCUCUCUCUCUUUCCACACUCUCGCUGCGCCCUCUCUCUGUCUCCCCCCCUCACCCCAUCCACCCCUUGACCCCUUUCCCUUCCUCUCCGGGCGGAAAGCCCCCUCCCCUCCCCACCUCCUCAUUGCCCCUCACCCCCAGAAACCAAGCAAAGCUGAGCCGAGGGGAGCAAACAAAACAAACACACCCGGCCCGACCAGCCAAGCGCCAAAACUUUGCAAAAGCAGCACCAACACAGGACAAACUCACCCACCGCCACCCACCAGCCCCCCGAGCCAGCCCGGCCGCCCUCCCGCGCACCCUCCUCCUCCUCCUCCUUCUCCUCCUCGCACACACAAAAGGCGGCGCGCCGGAGCCCGGGAGCCGGGAGCCGCCGCCGCCCGCAGCCCCGGGGAGCAGCGAGUCGGGACGCGGCCCCCCAUAGAUAUGGCAAUGGUAGUCAGCACGUGGCGCGACCCCCAGGACGAAGUGCCCGGCUCGCAGGGCAGCCAGGCCUCGCAGGCACCACCCGUGCCCGGCCCGCCGCCCGGAGCCCCGCACACACCGCAGACGCCCGGCCAGGGGGGCCCGGCCAGCACCCCGGCCCAGACGGCGGCCGGCGGCCAGGGCGGCCCGGGAGGCCCCGCAGGAGACAAGCAGCAGCAGCAGCAGCACAUCGAGUGCGUGGUGUGCGGGGACAAGUCGAGCGGGAAGCACUAUGGCCAGUUCACGUGCGAGGGCUGCAAGAGCUUCUUCAAGCGCAGCGUACGGAGGAAUCUGAGCUACACGUGCCGUGCCAACCGGAACUGUCCCAUCGACCAGCACCACCGCAACCAGUGCCAGUACUGCCGCCUCAAAAAGUGCCUCAAAGUGGGCAUGAGACGGGAAGCCGUGCAGAGAGGCAGGAUGCCGCCCACCCAGCCGACCCACGGGCAGUUCGCGCUGACCAACGGAGACCCCCUGAACUGCCACUCGUACCUGUCGGGAUAUAUCUCGCUGCUGCUGCGAGCCGAGCCCUACCCCACGUCGCGCUUCGGCAGCCAGUGCAUGCAGCCUAACAACAUCAUGGGCAUUGAAAACAUUUGCGAACUGGCCGCCCGGAUGCUCUUCAGCGCCGUCGAGUGGGCCCGCAACAUCCCCUUCUUCCCGGACCUGCAGAUCACCGACCAGGUGGCCCUGCUCCGCCUCACCUGGAGCGAGCUGUUCGUGCUCAACGCGGCCCAGUGCUCCAUGCCCCUUCACGUCGCCCCGCUCCUGGCCGCCGCCGGCCUGCACGCCUCGCCCAUGUCCGCAGACCGGGUGGUGGCCUUCAUGGACCACAUACGGAUCUUCCAAGAGCAGGUGGAGAAGCUCAAGGCGCUGCACGUUGACUCGGCGGAGUACAGCUGCCUCAAGGCCAUAGUCCUGUUCACCUCAGAUGCCUGUGGUCUCUCUGAUGUAGCCCAUGUGGAAAGCUUGCAGGAGAAGUCACAGUGUGCUUUGGAAGAAUACGUCAGGAGUCAGUACCCCAACCAACCAACGCGAUUCGGAAAGCUAUUGCUUCGCCUCCCUUCUCUCCGUACGGUCUCUUCCUCAGUCAUAGAGCAAUUGUUUUUCGUCCGUUUGGUAGGUAAAACCCCCAUCGAAACCCUCAUCCGGGAUAUGUUACUGUCCGGCAGCAGUUUUAACUGGCCGUAUAUGGCAAUCCAAUAAAUCAAUCAAUAAAAAUAAGAAGGGGGAGCAAAACAGAGAGAAAGAAAAGGCAAAAGACUGGUCUGGUUUGCUUAAAUUCCUUCUGUUAAGAAAGGAUAUUAAAAAAAAAGGAUGUUACAAGUUGGCUAAAAGAAGAGAGGGGAAGAGUUUAAUGAACUGUGAAUUUCAAAAAAAAAAAAAAAGACUGUCAAAUGAACUUUUACAGAAUGCAUUAAAAAAAACUCCUGUGUCGGUCAGAACAACUUGCUACUUAUCAUUUUUUUUGUAUAAAAAGAAAAUUAGUCUUUUUCUUUCUUUUUUUUUUGGUAAAUUUUUGAAAACUAUUGCUAAAAGUGCAUUUAAGGAGAUUGGAGACAAUUAGCAGAAUGGAGAAAGUAAGUCUCUCUUUUUUUUUUCCAAAUUAUUAAUUGUCCUGUGUCUAUGUACCUCUAGCUGUUCUUUUUUGUACAUUUCUGGUUCCAAACCAGUUUAUUCUGUGGUUCUAUACUAAGUUUUGAUAUAAUCUUGGCUUCUUAAAAACUGUGUAUCCUUAAACUAUAUGUUCUGCAAGAAUUAAAACUGAGUCCAUGAAAAUAUCAUAGGAAGACAUAAAACUUUAAAAAGGCAACUCAGACCUGAUGGAAACGCACUUACAAGUGGUGACCAAAAAAAAAAAAAUGUUUUUUAGGCGAAGUUGAGCACUCGAAUUUGAGAACUGAAGGAACCGCAUACAACACUUAACUCCCCCUACCUUACCUCCCCCCCCAAAGACACCAAGACAAACUUAGCUUUUUAAAAAUAUUUUAAGAAAGAGAAUGAACUGUGGGGUUUAUUGGCAGCCUAGGAAUGUGUCCAAGACACACACUGAGGUUUUGAAUAAAAAGUGAACUUUUGUAAUUUGAAUUGGGUCCCGCUUAGUUCUCGAAUUGUUAUGAAAAUCCUAUAUCUGUUUGUAUAUUUGCAAAACCCUUUGUAUUAUAAUUGUUGAUAUUUUCCCUUUUUAAAAAAUAUCAUUGAAAUCAGCAUGACAAAAUAACACUGUUGGCACUUAAUAGGUAACGUGAUUGAUUCAGUAUCUUAGAGUUUACAGUUUGUGUUUUAAAAAAAAAAAACUGAAGGUUUUUUUUUUUAAGUGCAACAUUUCUGUAUACUGUAAAAGUUAUAAUAACUGAACUGUUUGGUCGAGUCUUUGUGUGUUAUAUUCCAAGGAAAAUUGAAAGUAUUCAGAAAUUAAAAUAUUAUUUGAUAUCUGAAA